UGCGCCAUCUUGGAGAAAAAAAUCACAGAUAAUUUCCGUGGUUUUGAGAAUCUGAGGCCGACUACUCAUUUGGAUUGUGGAUGUUACAAGCAAUUUGGCCAACGCCAGCUAGUUGCAUUGCAAGUGCACGCUGUGUACAGCAAUAAUCGCUAAAUGAAGCAAUGGCCGGGGUGGCAGGAGGAAAUGAUUUUCAGUGGUGUUUUUCUCAAGUGAAAGGGGCAAUAGAUGAAGAUGUUGCAGAAGCUGAUAUUAUCUCAACAGUUGAGUUUAAUUAUUCUGGGGAGCUGCUUGCAACUGGUGAUAAGGGAGGCAGAGUGGUCAUAUUUCAACAUGAAGAAGAGUCGAAGAAUCGACCACACCUGAGAGGGGAAUAUAAUGUCUACAGCACUUUUCAGAGUCAUGAACCUGAGUUUGACUAUUUGAAAAGUUUAGAAAUUGAGGAGAAAAUUAACAAAAUAAGAUGGUUACCCCAACAAAACGCUGCUCACUUUCUACUCUCAACAAAUGAUAAAACAAUCAAAUUGUGGAAAAUUAGUGAAAGAGACAAAAGAGCUGAAGGCUACAACCUAAAAGAUGAAGAUGGACGACUCAGAGAUCCCUUUAGAAUUACGUCACUGCGGGUACCCGUGAUAAUGCCAAUGGACCUUAUGGUAGAAGCAAGCCCAAGGAGGAUCUUUGCAAAUGCGCACACCUAUCACAUUAAUUCCAUUUCUGUAAAUAGCGAUCAUGAAACGUACCUCUCCGCAGACGACCUAAGAAUAAACCUGUGGCACAUGGAGAUCACAGACCGUAGUUUUAAUAUUGUAGAUAUCAAGCCGGCCAACAUGGAGGAGCUGACAGAAGUGAUCACAGCUGCUGAAUGCCACCCUCACCAAUGUAAUGUAUUUGUGUACAGCAGUAGCAAAGGCACCAUCCGUCUCUGUGACAUGCGAGCUGCAGCACUCUGUGACAGGCACACUAAGUUCUUUGAGGAGCCUGAGGAUCCAAGCAGCAGGUCAUUUUUCUCAGAAAUCAUUUCCUCCAUCUCAGAUGUGAAGUUUAGUCACAGCGGGCGCUAUAUGAUGACACGGGACUACCUCUCAGUCAAAGUGUGGGACCUCAACAUGGAGAAUAGGCCUGUGGAAACCUAUCAGGUCCAUGAAUACCUUCGCAGCAAACUGUGCUCAUUGUAUGAAAAUGACUGCAUAUUUGACAAAUUUGAGUGCUGCUGGAAUGGCAGCGACAGUGCCAUCAUGACCGGCUCCUAUAACAACUUCUUCCGGAUGUUUGACCGCAACACCAGGAGGGAUAUCACCCUGGAGGCGUCCCGUGAGAGCAGCAAACCCCGGGCCACCCUCAAAUCACGCAAGGUGUCCACUGGUGGCAAGAGAAAGAAGGAUGAGAUCAGCGUGGACAGCUUAGACUUCAACAAGAAGAUCCUCCACACAGCCUGGCACCCCAAAGAUAAUGUGAUCGCCGUGGCGGCCACCAACAACCUGUACAUUUUCCAGGACAAAAUCAACUAACAAGGAGUUGAGAGCGUGUUUCGAUGACCAGGCUUUACCGUUCUUGCGUUGUUAAGCCUACCUGUCAGUCUGUCUGUUAAAGAAGAAACAGCGUUGUUGUCCUGGUGAAGAAUUUGAAAGCAUUUGUCUCCUUUUGUUGCUGCAAGAGGUUGAUCAGUAGGCUUGUUUUAUUUUGGGUCUGAUGCCUGUUUUUUUUGUCCUUGGUAACAAGCCAAUGCAGACCCUCAGACCCAGAAAACAGACUUUGGUCAAAACAAUGGAAUGGCCCUCAUAAGAGGUCAAACUCUUGAACGUGGGUGUUUGUCAACAUUUUUGAGCCUCCGUUUCAUUAUUUAAUGACUGAACUCUAAAGAGCCCUGGGAAUGACGUCUUGUCAACAGCAUACCACCUUAAGACGACACUUUUUGACCUUUAUGAUACAUGGAUUGGUGUGCUGUAGGCCUACCUGUUAACAUUCCCCAAUGACCAUGUAUUCAGGUUGUCAUCAAUUUGGAAAACAGACUUUUCUCAACACCUUGCUAUUCCUCAUCCCUAAUUGACACCAUUCGACGUAGUGACAUUAUUUCACUAACUGUAUCUACCCAAGAACACUUAAUGGUGUCAUCCACCUAAUAAAAGUAACAAAAACUCAGAUGUGUUUUCAAAUUUAGAACUAUGUAUCACAUCAUGAUGCUCUUUAUUGCUUUGCAUGUGUUUAUGUUGUAGAAAGAUGGAAAAAAUUAUGUCCAGUCACGCCACUGUCUAUAAGCAGUUCUGAAGCAAUCUUGUAAAAGAAACUACUUAGGCUCAGAACCACUGUUGGGGAACGAUCAUGUGUCAAAACAUUUACAUCUAUUGGUUGAUUAUUAAAGAUGCAGGCUGAAAACAUGUCUGGAGAUGGGCCACACAGGACAAAGGGAAUCUGCAGCCUUAAUACUAUCAAUGACAGCUACAAGUUAUGACCCCUAAAGUUUUACAGACCUUAUGUGCAUUAUUUUUAAAUCCUGUUGUAUAGAUUUACAGUAUGUCCUCAUAUUACUGCUGCUAUUUGUGGCUGUCUUUUAAAAUACCAGAUAUACUAGUUAAAAGGAGGAUUAUUGCACACCAUACAGUUAAAAUGAUACCGAGUGCCUCCAAAACAUGCAGAGUUUAUGGUUCUUUAUGUGAAGAGUAGGACAUUAAGACAAGCCUCUUAUAUGUGCCGAUAUUUGGAUUGCCACUCCAAUCAGAAUUGCGUAGUGCAAAUGUUGAUCUUUUUCCAGGUAAAUGGAAAAAUGACGGUUGCCUAUACAAGGAACAUGUACUGAUUAUGUUAUUAAAAUGGAAACACAAUGCUGUCUCUGUCCAUUGAUCCUCAACUUAGUGGCAAUGUAUUCACUUGUUUAAUUAUUUUGACCAAAGUUGAAUAAAAUCUAAUUGUG